UCAGUUUCUCUCUCCUAACUCUAGCCAGUAAUCACCACAAACUUGUCCAGACUUUCUCUUUCUCUCUACUCUUUCUGCCUGACGUUUGUCACUUGUUCAAACAACUUGUGUUGUUCAUUUAAUUAGGUUUCCCAACAAUUUGCGCUACUUUCUGCUUCUAGUUCGUUUAUACUUCAUUCUCAGUUUUGUUUCGACGAGAGAUUUUGAUCUGAAUUUGAGUUUGAUUUUGGAAUUUGGCGACUUUGAGUAGAGGAUGGGGUAAGAUUUCGUCGCCUGAAGAUGUUUGAUUGGGACGAUCAAGAGCUAGCAAAUAUUAUAUGGGGUGAAGGUAGAGAAGCUGACGAUCAUAUUGUCCCUUAUCAAAAAGAUAUUGAGACAAAACUGCUGUCAAAUUAUGGUGAUAAUGACGAAAAAACAUUGACCGAGAAUUCAAAAAGCGAGGCUGCUGCAAAAAACCCAUCUACCUCCAAGUUGAUUUUAGACGGAAGUAAAAGAGAUAAGAAUGGUUGUUUGCCUGCUUCAGGAGCAGUUGUUGAUUUCCAACAUUUGCCUUCAUUUACUGCUUCAAAACCUGACGACAAUGGCAUAGCUAAAAAAAGUCAGCUAGAUGUUGGUCCUCAAAGUUCCCGGAAUCAUCAUGAGGACAAGGAGCUUGGUGACUUUGUUGGAAACAGCUGGGCUAGCAUUGGGAGUUUUGAAGAUCUUGAUCGGAUAUUCAGCAACGAUGACAUAGAUGGAAACACAAGUCUUGGAAGCACAGAUGAGCUUUGGUCAUCACCUAAGGAUCUCAUAGUUGAGGUAGCUAAAUCCUCAUCUGCAGUUCUAGGUUCUACAAAUUGGGAAUUUGGAGCAUUAGGCAACUCCUCUGCUAAUAUUAAAAUCAAUUCCAAAUAUUUGCACAAUGAAAACCCCUGUGUAACACCUGGCUGCCAAAAAGCUGAUAGCGUCUCCCCUUACCCUCACCAGACCAUUGGUAGACAUGUGGAACAAGAAGAAUAUGCCGUGGAUAGUACAGGGUUGGUUGAGGAAAAGCUAGGUUUGGGCGUUACUGUAAAGACUCCAAUUGAUGCUCAUAUUGCUGCUGAAAAUAUUGCAUCUUCAAACAAGCCUACCGAAAAGGACAAAUGGUCUGAAACUCAGUCACAACAUGAGCAGGCAACUGACAGAAUAACUGAUACCAGACUACGGCGGGAUGUAUUUAACACAUGGCCAUCAUCUGCAGAAAAUGUUCCACAGUUCAGUCAUCAAUCUGCUUCAACUUCAGUCCCUGGUCAACAUCAGUUGUCUCGGGAACUUAUGCCUAUUCCAUACCAUCAGUUCUCAUCUCCAUAUGGUGCUCCUUAUGCAUAUGGGAAUUUCACCAAUCAAUAUCCAGCCAUGUGCAUGCUGAAACAAACAGAAGAUGAGCAUCAGUAUACUCUGUCUAGUUCUGAAGUUAGGCCUGGUGAUAUAACUACUGUGAACAACCCUGUUGUGACUACUACAAAACCCCAAAAGAUGACACCCCAAGAGAAGAUUGAAAAAUUGAGGAGGCGUCAGCAAAUGCGAGCAAUUCUUGCAAUUCAGAAACAGCAGCUACGUUUAGGUCACCAAGCUUCAAGUGAGGAUUACUCCCAUUCUCGUAAGAGAUGCCUGGAGGAUCACGUCCGUCAUAUGGAAAAAACUGAUAAUGAGGCAGGAGAGAUCUUGAGCACUGUACCACGCUAUGAUCCAGGUUCCCCAACCAAAGGGGACGAUUCCAGUAUGAUUUCCAACAUCGACGACUGUUCAGUGGAGGACACAGUUCUCUACCAGCUUCAAGAUAUAAUAUCAAGACUGGAUAUGAAGAUAAGGCUGUGUAUUAGAGACAGCUUAUAUCGAUUGGCUCAUAGUGCAACACAAAGACACCAUGUUAGUGAUACAAGUAGUAAAAGGAGCAGCACUUUUGAGCCCGACUUUGUAAAGGAAGAAACAAGCAGUCAUGACAGGUAUGUUGGAAAUGCAAAUUUGGAGACUGAGACCAAUCAUAUAGACCGAGCUGUGGCUCACUUACUCUUUCAUCGGCCUCUGAAGUUGUCAGUCAGGCCUGAUGAGACACCAGAGUCAUCCACACAAGCAGAAGUCUCAACCGAACAAGAAACAACUGCUCAUAGCAGCCAGCUGAUUGAUUUGUUGCCCAAGAGCUCCGAAAAUGAAUAUAAUCUCUCCCCGAAUGGAUCAAACGUUCCUAACGUUUAUGUGGAUUUCGAUGAGGAAGAUGUCCCGAAUGAUGAUUCUCGAAACGAGAUGAGAAUUGAUCAAAAAAUGAAACAAAUAACAGCAGAGCAUGAAGACUGAACUUUGUUGGCAAUUGAAGAGAUUGUAAUCAGGAUGAUAAGGGUAAUUCCUUCCUUUAUCUCUUCAUGGCUAUUUAUUUUGCAAUUGUAAAUUGAUCUACCGGAUUACUUGUAAUUGGGUGGUUUUCUUUCUUUGUCAGCCAACUUGGUCUUUGCAAGGCGCAUGUCAUGGAGGUUAUUAAAAUUCCUUGCUGCAGACAAAGCCAUCUGUCUAAGUAACUUAAGCCAGUAUAUCUAUCUUGUCAUCUUUAUCUUUCGGAACGUGAUUAUUGCCAAUGAUUGUUAAACCUAACUUCAUGGUAGAGUCAACUCUCCGUCUUGGUAAUGAUAUGUAUGAUUUAUACCUAACAAACUAGUUAAACUGCCCAGGUGGAUAUUUCAGUA